UUCGACACCCCCCAGGAGGCCUUCGGGGCCCUGCGGCCCGUCUGCGUGCAGCUGACGAGGGCGCAGAGCCUGGAGAACGUGGCGCGCCUGCGGGCCCGCCUGGCAGGCGUCAGCGCCCCGGCCCUGCAGGACCUGCAGGAGUACGUCCUCUUCCCCCUGCGCUUCGCCCUGAAGGUGCCGGGGCCCAAGCAGGAGCGGCUGGUGCAGAGCGUGGUGCAGUGCAUCUCCUCCGUCCUGGCAGCAACGCGCGUGAAGAAGCCGGAGCUCCUGCAGGAGCUGUUUUCCGAGCUCUGCACGUGCCUCUCCCCCCCUUCCAGCUCCAGCAAACCCGCCUGGCUGUCAGAGGAGCUGAAGCUGGCUGUGAUCCAGGCACUCCACACCCUGAUGCAUUCAGCUUACGGGGAUGUUAUCUUGUCUCUGUAUCAACCUUCCACCCUUCCUCUCUUAGGAUUUGCUGUAUCUUUGCUUCUGGGCCUAGCAGAGCAAGAAAAAGCAAAGCAAAUUAAGAUCUCUGCUUUGAAGUGCUUACAGGUCCUAGUUCUGCAGUGUGACUGCCAGGAGCACCGACACCUACAUGAAGACGAGGCACAGCAGUGUGGGGAUUUGUUUGCUUCCUUUCUGCCUGGGAUUUCCAUUACACUGUCUCGGGUUAUUACUGGAGACAUCAAACAAGGUCAUAAAACCACUGUUUCUGCCAUCAGACUCUUUUAUCUGACUGUUGGCUUCGUAAUGGCUGAUGCACAGCUAGCCAGAAUCCCAAAGAAUAAAGAAAAGCUGCCAGUGGAACAAAGCAGGAUAUCAGAACUAAUGGUCCAUAGAGGGCCUGACUGGAGUAAGAGUACUGCUGAAAAACUCUCUCUCCUCCUGCAUAAAAUAGUUGAAUUUUCUUCAGGUCACCCCCACUGGAAAGUGAGACUGGAGGUGGUAGAACUGGUCCACCACUUACUGAGGAGCUGUGGCCGGGCACUGGUGGCCUCCUUCAGUCACCUUUUAAAGGCCGCGGUUGGGCUGGUGAACGAUGAAAGCAGCGAAGUCCAGAGCAGGUGUAAGGAGGUCCUGCAGGGCAUAGCGGAGCAGAGGAUCGUGGCACAGAACAGGGCUCUCGCCGACGUCCUCUCUGAGAACCUCCACUCCCUUGCCACGGCUCUCCCUCGCCUGAUGAACUCUCAGGACGACGCGGGCAAGGUUUCCACGCUGAGUGUGUUGCUUGGCUACCUGAAACUGCUGGGCCCCAAGAUUAACCUCGUCCUCAACUCCGUGUCCCACCUCCAGCGUCUGUCCAAGGCGCUGAUGCAGGUCCUGGAGCUGGACGUGGCAGACGUGAAGGUGGUGGAAGACAGGCGCUGGGGCUGCCAGGGCGCCUGCCAGCCCUCGGGGUCCCUGCAGUGCGGCCUGCAGAAAGGCCGAGCUCAGAAGAAAUACUUCCGCUUCUUCACGGAGGAGAGAGUUUUCCAGCUCCUUCAGCAAAUCUGUCGUGUUCUUGGCUACUAUGGGAACCUCUAUCUGCUCGUGGAUCAUUUCAUGGGGCUGUACGGCGAGUCCGGCGCGUACCGGAAGCAGGCGGCGAUGGUCCUCAACGAGCUGGUUGCCGGAGCUGCCGGGGUGGGAGUGGAUGUUCUUCAGGAAAGGGAAGUUCCUCCGGCCGUGGAUGAUCUCAGAGGGUCCAUAGUGUCCAUUCUCGACGAGUACACAGACCAGGCCAACUGGUACUUGAUCACCAGCAUCGAUACAGAAGACAUCCCCCAGGAGCAACCUGUGCAGCGUCCAGGGCUCGCUGCCCGUCCGGGAGGUGCGUGCGGGAGCGUUCUCCUUCCGUCCCCGGAGCCCCACGUAACGACCCGCGCCCUGAACAGCAACAUCUGGCAGAUCUGCAUCCAGCUGGAAGGCGUUGGCUGCUUCGCUGCUGUCCUCGGGAAGGAGUUCCGGCUGCUGCUGCUGUCAGCUCUCUACCCAGUGUUGGAAAAGGCUGGUGACAAGACUCUGCUCAUCAGCGAGACGGCACUGGGGACACUGGGAGACAUAUGCGAGGCCUGCAGUUACGACUCCUUGCAGUGUUUGAUUAAUGAGAAUUCUGACUAUCUGGUGAAUGGGAUUUCCCUGAACUUGCGCCAACUGGCACAUCAGCCCCGCGCUGCCCAGGUCCUGGACACUAUGCUGAGACAUUCCGACGCCAGCUUGCUGCCACUGGUCGAAGAUGUGAUCCAGGACGUCCUGUCUGCACUAGAUCAGUCUCACAGUACCCAGGCCUCCACUUUCCUCGGGGUCCUCCACUCUGUCAUGGCAGCUUUAGCGCAGUGGUUCGGAUCCUCCCGCGGUGGAGAGGAGCAGACGGGCGAGCGGCUGCGCGGGGCCUCGUCCCAGGGGCUCCAGGUGGUGACACGGCAGGAGGUGGAACAAUUCUUCCGUGACUACGUCAGGCAGAAGCAGAUCGCAGAGGGCGAUCUGCCUGACGCAGGGGCUGAGGAGGCAGAUGAGGUUCCCCCUCCUGCUAAACCGGAGCAAACCCACUCUGACACGGGGGGAGAAGCCCUGCUGCCCAGCCACGCUCAGCUGGCCAAGGAGGUGAUGGAGAGAUGCAUCCACCUGCUGUCCGAUGGGCGCCUCCGCGUGCGCCUGAGGGUCCUGGACGUGCUGGAGCUCUGCGUGACUGUGCUGCAUCCCCACGGAAACCACCUGCUUCCCCUGGCCCACCGCGCCUGGCCAGCUCUCGUCCCCCGCCUGACGAGCGAUGACCCUCUGGCAGUGCUCAGGGCCUUCAAGGUGCUGUGUACGCUGGCCCAGAGGUGCGGGGACUUCCUGCGGCAGAGGUUCUGCAGGGACGUGCUGCCGCAGCUGACGCGCUCCCUGCUCAGCCAGGCCCCCACCAGCGCCAGGGCCGGGCCCGUCUACAGCCACACGCUCGCCUUCAAGCUGCAGCUGGCUGUGCUGCAGGGGCUGGGUUCUCUCUGCGAGGAGCUGGACAUGGGUGAGAGUGACCUGAAUAAGGUGGCAGAUGCCUGCCUGAUCUACCUCAGUGCCAAGCAACCCGUGAAAUUGCAGGAAGCUGCCCAGAGCGUUUUCCUCCACUUGAUGCACAUGGACCCGGACAGCACCUGGCUCCUCCUGACCGAGGUCUGCUGCCCUCACCAGUACGAGCCCCCCCACGCCAGCCUGCGGCCCGUGAAGCUCCGCGGGAUGGGGAUGCAGCGCAACGAGUUCACCGACAACGUGCUGCUGCUGCUGGAGAGGCUGCAGCGCCGGGAGGGUGACGGGGAACCGUCCCCUCCCUGAGAGACCCGCACAGCGCCGGGAGGGCGACGGGGAAGCACCCGGGUAGAGCUCACCUGGGUAAAUGCUGCCCUUUGGGCCCCAGAUCAUCCUGGGGGCAAGGGAGGGACUGCCCGGUCUGGGGCACCGGCCGAGACACCCUCCCCAUUGGCAGAAGUUUUGGGGUUUUUUUUGCAGUGUUAGAGGAUGAGGGGGGUACACUGCCCCGGUUCCUCCAGACUUCUCUGCUCGUGGUCCUGGAGAAAAGGCCAAGGGUCGAGGCACAUCUGUUGCAAGUUCUGUACGGGGAGAGUCAUCUUCCAGAAAGAACUUCCCAGCACUCGGUCCUCGGGUGGUGCCCCCCGCCCCUCCGACCUCCCCACAGCAGAGAUUCCCUCCUGUUCCCAGCUGGACAACGAUCCCCAACUCAAAACAAAAGCUUUUCUGGCCUUAACCCUUCCCAGGGAGAGAUUCCAGCUUAGGGGUCAUUAAAAACCUUCUCUGUUUAAACCCAGUUCAUAUCAGAAAAAGUUAAACUGCAUUUCCAAUCAGUUCCUCACCAGUAUUACUGGCACGAACAACUCGUCCUCUCAAGCACCGCGGCUGUUCUGACCGUUCGCUGAGCCUGGCCGCUGGGCGCACGGCGCUGCCCCACUGCCCACCGAGGGCGAGACGUUCCUCAGAAGAAACCCCCCCGGCCCACGAGUGGUGCGAGAGCCCUGCGGGGUCCCCGACUGCCGCCGUUCUCAGACCCCUCAGAGGUUUUAACGCCCACCCCGAGGAGAACUGGACGAAGCACCCACCCCUGGUGGGGCCACGCGCGCGCGGACGGUGACGUCGGGGGUGAGCCGGUGGCACUGCGGCAGGACCAGGGUUUGUGGAGCAGGUGCCACAGUGAGGGGGGAGGGCGACGGGUCUUUGGGGUCUGC